UUUAGUUUCUUAUCUUUCAGUUUUUGUGUGCUGAAGGUGCUCGAAUAGCCCAAAUGGAGAAUUCAGCAGCGCCAAAUUCCUCAUUGAGGCGUGGUCGACAGCCGUACCUGUUGCCGCAAGAGGCCAAAAGGCGACGGCUGGAGCGCUACCGAUUGCGGAGACAAAGGAUGAUUCAUAUCGGCUUGGAGGUUGAAAGGUGGCACCAGUUGAGAGCAGAACUGGGCCUUGAGAAUAAUGCUUCUCUUGCAAAAUUUCUCCUGGAUAAUUACAGAUCCUGUCACAAAUUCAUGAAGUUGAGUUCAAAUCCAAACACAGGAGGAAAUGCUUUUGGCAUUACACAUGAAAGCUGCACGGCAUCGUCCACAUCCUUCUCCGGAAUUCAGAGGAAAUUGACAAUCCAAACUUCAGAGACAUUGAAAACUCCUCAGAGGACUUUUCCAGAACUGCAGUCACCUGUUGAACUAUCCCACUGUGACACUGGAGACGACAACGAUAAUGACGAAGACAGUUCAAAUUUCACGGCAGAUUCUGCAGAUGAGGCUGAUUAUCUUCUACCAGACAGCUUUGCAAGCAGCAAGCUAAAGGACUACACAGCGGAAGAGGAAGUGUUAAACUUCAUUGAUGAUGAAGUCAUAUCUGGAGAAGAGGAAUCUGUCCCAAUCCUGGUCGCUUCAACAAAAGUCAAAUCUAUACACAGGAUGAGAACUGGCAUUGUUUUUGAUGCUUGCCUAAUGUCGCUGGCCAGAAAAGCAUUCUCUACAUGUGAAAAUGCUGACUGCAAAAGCAAAGUAGAUUUGCAGCUGCACAUUGUGGCGACAGCAAUGAAAGUUAUAGGCCAUUGCAGCCAGGGGCAUGAAUCAACUUGGUGGUCUCAGCCACUGGUGCAAACAAUCCCGGCGGGCAACAUCCAGUUGGCAUCAAGUAUUAUUUUAUCUGGAAAUAAUUAUGGGAAAAUUGCACUGAUGUUGAAAUUUCUGAAUAUGCUCCCCAUUGGCCACCAAUCAUUCCUCAAAAUCCAGAAGACACACGUACAACCAUCCGUGCUGAACUACUGGAGAACGAUGCAAGCAAAACAUUUCCGGGAGCUUGCACAGCCAAUUGUGGUGAUAGCACAUCAGUACUGGAACGUCCAUGCCCUUUCAAAGAAAUAUCUGACCCAUACAAUGAUGGACAAUGCCACGCAUAAGAUCCUCGAAGUUCAAGUUAUUGAUGUCCAAAAUGAUGCCAGGAAGCUGCAAAAUUUGGAAGUGUCUGGAUUCCAGCAGGUCUUUCGCCGCUUGAUGCAGAAUAAUCUCUCUAUUUCCGAGAUGGUGACUAAUGCAGAUGCCGAGCUCUUGUCUUUGAUGAGUGAGUAUUAUUGAUCUGGAUUGAUGUUACGAAUGAACCAUCC